CUCACUCCCUCGCUCAUAGCCACUUCAGAGACAAGGAUGCGAAAAGAGAGCGAGCUAACCCUGCGAGGCUUCCUCCAAUACCUCCUUGGUUUCUCCCUUCUCCUCCCCGUCUCAAUCUCUUACCCGACUUCCCCUUCCCCUUGUCCCUCUCUUUGCACCUGUUACCCUUCUCCUCCCACUGCCAGCUGCCAGUCCCACAACCUGACCCGAGUUCCUUCUCCUCUACCUGGCCUGGCACGCAGAGUUUUCCUACAGAACAACCAGAUCACAGAACUUGGUCCAGGGCUUUUCUCUCCUCUGACAUCAGUCCUCUGGCUCUUUUCCAACCGAAUAUCUUUGCUGCGACCUGGAACCUUUCAAGGACUGGAACACCUCGAGGAGCUGGAUCUAGGCAACAAUCCCAACUUACCACCACUACAGUCGGACACAUUCCAUGGCCUCAAUUCCCUGCGUUCUCUUCACCUAUAUCGUUGCCACAUCCAAAGGCUGCCAGCCGGUUUGUUCCGUGGCCUCCACUCCCUACGCUACCUCUACCUACAGCACAACCACCUAACCGGGCUGCCGGAUGGUCUCUUCCGUGAUCUUACUAACCUCACCCAGCUUUUUCUCCAUGGGAAUCUUUUACAGUCUCUCCCUGCCAGCUCAUUCCUGGGCCUAUCAAAUUUGGAUCGCCUCUUGCUACACAGUAACCGUCUGGUAUAUGUAUCACCUGCAGCAUUUGAGGGUUUGAGUAGUCUCACCAUACUCUUUCUCUUCAAUAAUAGCCUUCCCUCUCUCCCAGGAGAUGCUCUGCGUACUCUUCCUUCCCUGCAAUUCCUUCGUCUCAAUGGGAACCCAUGGCACUGCGACUGCAGCUGCCGUUCUCUGUGGGGCUGGUUCCGCUCCUCACCGAGCGUUUCCAGCUCCACAGUGCCCUGCUCCUCCCCACCAAGUCUGCGUGGCAGGGAUUUGCGCUCCCUAGAGGAGCGGGACCUGCGGCUCUGUACCUCACAUAACCCUCCUCCAAGUGGAAACCUGUCAGGUCUUUCAUUUCCCCCUAAGCCCUCAUCCUUUUACAGGUUGCUUCCUGGUCCCAAAGAGAAUGAAAUUAGGGAGUGGGAAGAUAGUGAUGAAAAUGAAGAUGAAAAUGAUGACAAUGAGAUUAGUGCAAGCGGCAGAAGUAAUCUGGGGAUCUCAGUAUUGCUGGCUCUGCUCAUUUGGGAUUUGAUAAUUGACUUCUGACUGGCUGGACUGUGAAGUGAAAAAGGGCAGAAAGCCCCCACAUCAAUGACCUCUCCCUUGCAUUCUGUGUAAACUUUCUUAAAAAAAUUAUAUAUAUAUUUACUUAUGUGUCUGUGAUAACUUUGAAUGUAGACAUUAUAUAACAGAUAACAUUAAAGGGACAGUCUACUCUAGAAA